UCUUGGUUGUUAAAUUAUUGAUCUGUUGAUAAAAUCAAGUACAGUAGUAUGGAUUAUGGAACUUCCACUUGUUAUCAUCCAUCUUCUCUUCUCCUCUCUUUAGCCUAAUGCUCAUUGCUCCUCCAUUUCUCAUUUCUAGAGAGAGAAAAGGUUCAACAAAGAUUCAACUUGAAGACAGAGAGUAUAGGGCGUGAUGUUUGAUCUGAAUCUGAGCAACGAAGAGGCGUGUGCAUGUAGCGAUGGUGAUGGUGGGGUGGUGACGAGGGAGCUGUUCCCGGCGAGUGUCCACGCACCACCUCGGAAGGGGCGUAGGGGGCCCAGGUCCCGAAGCUCCCAAUACAGAGGGGUUACCUUUUACAGAAGAACCGGCCGAUGGGAGUCACAUAUUUGGGAUUCUGGGAAACAAGUUUAUUUGGGUGGAUUUGACACUGCUCUUUCCGCAGCAAGAGCUUAUGAUAGAGCUGCAAUUAAGUUCCGUGGCGUUGAAGCCGACAUCAACUUCACCCUCACUGAGUAUGACCAAGAUAUCAAACAGAUGAAGAACAUGUCCAAGGAGGAGUUUGUCCACACACUUCGUCGACACACCACCGGAUACUCCAAGUACAGAGGACUAUCCGCCCGGAUGGCCGCCAACAAGGCUUACGACAAGGAAGCUGUCGAGUCGAGCUCAUAUGAUAACAGUCUUGAUUUGAAGUUGGGGAUUUCGACGCCUUCUUCCAAAGAGAUUGGAAAUUUGGGGGGGUUUCAGUUCCAUAUUCAAAAUGCAAAUAUGUUAAAGGAAAGGGCCAGCCAGGAACACACCGGGUUGGGUUCGAUCUCAGAGGAAGUGAGGUGGGCGUGGCAAAUGCAUGAUCAGGUUCGUGCAACACCAAUUACUGCAGCAGCAUCAUCAGGAUUCUCAUCACCUGUCGUCUCCAAUUCUGCUUCGUCCCUCAGUCUCUGCUUCUCGUCCAAUCCCACCGACAUCUCUCAGAUCAGAUCCUUGUCUCCACGCCAUUAGUGUGGGGAAUUGUCUUGCUUUUAUUCUUUUCUAGAGAGAAUUGGUUUGUUGAUGGGUAGUAGUAGUAUUAGAUUGUAAGAAUGCAUCUACACAUCAACAACAUAUAUUAAAAAAUUUGUUCUGUAUUCAACAAAAUACAAAAGCUUGAAUAUGGCUCAUUCAAUCCUUGAAA